GGCCCUGCGCGAGGCAUCUUGGGAACGCGUGGUAUUCUGGGAGCGUGGGAGCCGCCAUUCACUCGCUUCACGCCUUCGCAGUCGCAAGAGAUACCUCUGCACCAGAAAGGAAGAGGAGACCGGAACCGAACUCUCUUCCUGCCGAGAUGUCUAUUGGCGUACCGAUUAAAGUCCUACAUGAGGCUGAGGGUCACAUUGUGACAUGUGAGACAAACACUGGUGAGGUGUAUCGAGGGAAGCUCAUUGAAGCAGAGGACAACAUGAACUGCCAGAUGUCCAACAUCACAGUCACAUACAGAGAUGGCCGAGUGGCACAGCUGGAGCAGGUGUACAUCCGUGGCAGCAAGAUCCGCUUUCUGAUUUUGCCUGACAUGCUGAAAAACGCACCCAUGUUAAAGAGCAUGAAAAAUAAAAACCAAGGCUCGGGGGCCGGUCGGGGAAAGGCUGCUAUUCUGAAGGCCCAAGUGGCCGCAAGAGGGAGAGGACGUGGAAUGGGACGUGGAAACAUCUUCCAGAAGCGAAGAUAAAUUUAUCUGUUGGACAGAACUUUGCCCUUAUUUUUUUCUUUUAGGUUAUCUGGGUCAGGAGGUGCGUGCGUAUGUAUAUGUCCUAGGUUAUCUUUUGACAUCUUUUUCUUUAGAUCUGGGUAAAUGUUAAACUAAAUAAAUGUGGGUUCUUUUCUUUUUGAGACUAUAA